AUGAAACACACUCGUGCCAAUCUCCUAACCCCCGCCCGAAACCUCUGCUCCGCCUUCUCCUCAUCCUCCCCCAUUCCAACCCUCCUCACCAAUUUCACCCACGAUCCCUACCCACAAGCCCACGAACACGGCCUCCCGCACCUAGCCCCCUUCCUCGGCCGCACCUUCACCGGCACCGACGGUGUUGCUCGCUACUUCGAAGUCAUGGGGUCCGAACUCGGCUUCGAAGACAUGUCCUUCGAGCCCGAAUCCGAAUGGCUCGUCGACACAUCCACAAUGGCAGUCGUUAUCCGCGGGACCGCGAAGUUCUUCGCUAAGCGCACGGGACAAAAGUGGGAUGAGGGGUUUGUGUAUCGGUUGGGGAUUGCGGAGGAGGUUAAUGGUGAGGUUGCGGGGAGGGGGCAGCUGAAGGUGCAGGAGUAUGAGGUUUGGGCUGAUACGGGGGCGGCUUAUCUUGCGAUUAAAGGAAAUUUGGGGGAGGUUUUGGAUAAAGAGGCGGAGGGAGGGACUGGGGGUGCCGGGAGGACUAGGAGGAGUCAGGAUCGGAAGAGGAGUGGGUGUGGGGAGGUUGUUGGGAGUGGAAUGAGUGCGUUUGGGAGCUGUGGGCAGUAG